GGUUUUGGAGAAAAUGACGAAUAAGAAGGCGUCCGAGUAUUUCGAUUGGAUGUCCGGCACCAGUACUGGAGGAAUAUUGGCUCUGUUGCUGGCGAUGGGAAACUCAGCGUCCGAUUGCCGUAAACUGUACUUUAAAUUAAAAGACAAAGUAUUUGUGGGUCUAAUGCGUCCGUACGAAUCGGAACCGUUGGAGAAAUUCCUACAGAAAGCGCUCGGAGAGGACACCCGUAUGAGUGACAUAAAGGAGCCGCGAAUUAUGAUAACGGCCACAGUGUCCGACCGCUUUCCGCCCGAUUUGCAACUCUUCCGCAACUAUGAGUCGCCGAACGAUAUCUUGGGAUUUAUCUCACGAGUAGAGCCCGUCUCUGAUAUGCCUAAACUCCAGGAGCAACUCGUCUGGAAGACUGCCCGCUCGUCGGGCGCCGCGCCAACAUAUUUCCGUCCAUGCGGUGCAUUCCUCGACGGAGGUCUUAUCUCUAAUAAUCCAACGUUGGAUACAUUGACAGAAAUUCACUCAAUUAAUAGAGCCCUUAAUGUUAUGAAUCGUAAAUCAGAAGAAUUGAAUUUAGAUAUAGUGGUGUCAUUGGGAACGGGAGCCAUACCUAUAAAACAGGGCCAAGUGAUCGACAUUUGCAGACCCGACUCCAUUAUGGGUGUGACGAAGACCUUAUUCUCCACCUCAGCGUUACUACAGCUUCUCAUUGAACAGGCCGCUCAGGCGGACGGACAGGUGGUGGAGAGAGCGAAGGCCUGGUGUUCGCAAAUC